AUGGCAGAACUCACGCACUCCGAUAAUCACAACUCCCACACCUUCGAAGGCCUCGCACUCAAGGAUGUUAUUCCUAAAAAUCGAAAGCCCCUGUACAAGGACUGGACACUGAUAAAACUCAACACGCUUCUGCUCUGCGCUCUGUUGACCCAAAUCGCAUCUGGAUACGACAGCAGCAUGCUGAACGGAAUGCAGUCACUCCCUCAAUGGAAGAAAUACUUUGGCCAACCCACCGGCACUCGUCUAGGAGCAAUGACUUUUGGCCCGACGGGAGGCAUUCUUAUUUCGGUGGUGGUCUCAUCCCAACUCUGCGAGAAGUUUGGUCGGCGAUAUCCAAUCUGCGGCGGAUCACUGAUUAUUAUCCUGGGCUCGAUCCUACAAACUGCAGCAGUUAAUUAUGGAAUGUUCGUAGUUUCUCGCUUUUUUGUGGGUUUCGGCCUGGGCAUUGUCUCUGUCGCUGCGCCGCCUCUGCUCUCCGAGGUCGCAUAUCCUUCGCAUCGUGGAAAGAUCGUUUCGUUCUAUCUCGUCACCUGGUCUCUUGGUUCGCUCAUCGCGGCGUGGAUCACGUACGGAACGUUCAAGAUGACCAACUCGUCGUGGAGCUGGCGCAUCCCCAGCGUUUUACAAUGCUCCUUUUCUCUCAUCCAAGCCGUGUUGAGUCUCCUCGCACCAGAGUCACCUCGUUGGCUCAUUUACAACGGCCGCAAGCAAGAAGCCCUCGAUAUACUAACCAAAUACCACGGCGAUGGUGACCCCAGCUCGCGACUUGUGCGAUUCGAAAUGGCGGAAAUUACAGCCACGCUCGAGAUGGAGAAAAUUCAAAAGCUGUCUCGCUGGUCAGAAUGGCUUUCCACCAAAGGAAACCAGCAUCGACUUUUUCUGGCGCUAUAUAUCCCUGCUAUGCUGCAGUGGUCAGGCAAUGCGCUUACCUCGUACUACUUGUCAAAAGUACUGAAUAGUAUCAAUGUGACAGACUCCAAAACACAGCUUAUCAUCAACGCCUGCCUCUCUAUUUGGAGUUUUGUCUCGGCUGCCUUCUUUGCAACCCUUGUCGACAGAGCGGGUCGCCGACGCCUGUUCCUCUGCGGUAUGGGAGGCAUGGGAAUUUCCUACAUUAUCUGGACCAUCUGCUCUGCGAUUAACGAAGAAAAAGGCUUCAAGAACUCCGGAUUCGCAGCAGCGGUGCUUCUUAUGAUUUUCGUUUUCGGUGCCUGCUACCACAUGUGUUCGCCGGUCGCACCUACUUACAUCAUGGAAGUUGUGCCAUAUUCGCUCCGCGCCAAGGCCUCCAUGUUAUAUCAACUAACGGGAAAUCUCGCCGGGGUCUACAACAGUUUCGCCAAUCCAGUCGCGAUGGAUGCCAUUUCUUGGCGAUAUUAUAUCGUCUGGUGUGUCGCGAUCGGAGUCCAUUUCACUCUCAUUUACUUCUUCUUCCCCGAGACAAAAGGUAAAGGAUUGGAAGAGGUAGCAGAGAUUUUUGAUGGACCAGAUGCAUUGUCUGGUGUCAAUGCGAUGAAGGAGACUGGUCUAGACAUGAAUGCAGAUAAGGUGCUGGCAUUUGGUGAUGAGGCAUUGGAUUUCCCUGCGAAAGGAUCUGUAGCGCAGGUUGAGAGGGUUUAA